AUGUCCCAACGCACAGGGUGGAUGCCAACGGUCGAGAACGCAGUUUGGCAGGCAAAGCGCCAGAUCGAAUGUUUACAGUACGUCGCCCCGAGCCAUGCUCUGCUACGCAACGACGGCCCAAGGGAUCUCACCCGGGCCAGUUGGGAGCACAAGGAACGCGUUGCUCCGAAGCGCUCGGCGAGCAGCGGCGAUCCUGGGCGCGGAGCAGAACUGGCGUCGAGGCCGGACGAAAACAAAGCCAUGCUACGUUGCCCCGUCUCUGGCGACGGCGCUGGGAGAGCGCGCGAGUUUGCGUUGCAGGCCAACGGAGUGAGCUUGGCUCUUGGCAUGGCUUUGCUGUGCCCAAAGGCAGGCCGAGAGCUAGGGCGGAGUCGCCACGAUUUGCGUUCGGGCUCGGAAAAAUGCCACGAGGCCAGAUGGGCGAGACUGAGGGACAAGCGCGUCGACACUGUCGAUGUGCCCUUGUGCGAGGGGGACACAGAGUCGGACCAUGGCCACGGUCUGCAGGGCAGAGACAGUUUCCCCACGCAGUGUCGACAGCCAAAAGUCUUGGCGCCUUCCCGCCACGCGCAGCCGGGCACAGAAGCAGUGCUCGUCUGCGGCUGUCAAAGAGUCGAAAUGUGCAGUGCCUGCCGCUUAGCGCCUCGCCUCUGCCCUCUUCCUGCUCGCCUCCCCCAAAAAUGGCUUCCCGUUGGACAACAAGCCCAAACCUCUACCUCCCCCACAUUCAUGCCCCGACCCAACGCUCCAACGCUCCUCGAACUCUCGUCUUGUUGCGCAGUGUUCGCAGGCCACAAUAGAGGACGGGCUAGGUUCCAGGCCCGCCGCCGCCGUCGCGCUCCUCCCCCUCGCAACGCCUCGUUGCUGCAGCCCAUCUUGGCAUCCCGGCUCUGCACGUCUGUGCAGCUGCAGCCCUAUUGUCUCGCACCGCGCCAGGGGCGCACAGUCGCAGAUGGCGCUCUCACCACCUCCCCACAUGACCUGGACCCAACCACGUCGCGCAGCCUGACGAGGCUGGGCUUGGCAGAUGGAGGCGAAAUCCUCGAGCUCCAAACCUUGCCACUUUUGGGUGACUCGCUUAGCGCUGCUUGCGACCGCAGUCCUCCGGUCCCGAGCAGCACAUGGUCGAUCCAAUCCGCGCGUUCCUCAGACCAGCUGGCGAGCGUCAGCAGAAAAGGCCAACGUCCAAGUUCGAAGCAAGGACCUCCCCUUUCCUCCGUCUCACCCCCCAUCCACUUUGUGCCCUCUAUCCUCAAGCUACCGUCGUUCCCCAUCCCCUACGUGCUGUCGCCGACCUACUCCACCAUGUCGGUACCUGCCCAGGAGCGUGAUCGCUCCGGCUCCCUCCACUCGGAUGAGAAGGAGGCUAUCGGCUACCCCAUGCAGGGCAACACGCUCACUAAGGACACUGGCAUCUCGGCCCACGAUGCCGAGGCCAACUCGGCCUUCGAGGACAUCAACUCGGGCUUUGACGAGGCCGAGGUGAAGCGUGUGCGCCGCAAGGUCGACCGCCGUCUCUUGCCCAUCCUCGGUGCGCUCUACUCGAUCGCGCUUAUCGACCGAACCAACCUUUCGGCAGCUCGUAUCGCCGGUGCCGGUGUGGAGCUCAAGCUGACGGCUGGUACCAACUACAGUGUGCCGCUGCUCAUGUUCUUCGUGCCCUACAUCCUGCUCGAGAUGCCCUCCAACCUGCUCCUCCGCAAGAUUGGUGCCGCCAAGCAGCUCUCGUUCAUUGCCUUCUGCUGGGGUGUGGUCAUGAUCGGCCAGGGCUUUGUCCACUCGUGGCAGAUGCUCACGCUCACGCGUGCGCUCAUCGGUGCCUUUGAGGCCGGCUUCUUCCCCGCUUGUGUUUGGCUCAUCUCGACUUGGUACGUUCGCCGCGAGUCGCAGGUGCGCAUGUCGGCCUUCUACCUCAUCUCGGUCGGUAUCUCGGGCUUCUCAAACAUCAUCGCCUACGGCAUGUCGCUCAUCAAGGUUUCCGACCGCACCUUCCGUGGAUGGCGCUGGAUCUUCAUCAUCGAGGGUCUGCUCACUGUCGUGCUCGCCUUCGUCGCCUACUUCCUCAUCCUCGACUUCCCCGACAAGGCUGCCGAGAAGGGCUUCCUCACCAUCCAGGAGCGCGACAUGAUCCUCACGCGCAUUGAGCGCGACCGCGGUGACUCGAAGCCCGACGCUCUCACCUGGGCCAAGGCUGGCAAGUACGCUCUCGACAUCAAGUGCUGGCUCUACGGCCUCAUGUUCAUGUGCACCACCAUGCCUACCUAUGCGUUUGCCUACUUCCUGCCCGUCAUUCUCCGCGGUCUCGGGUACAGCGUCAAGGAUGCCUUCCUGCUGGGUGCGGCGCCCUACGUGGUUGCGAUGGUGGGUGCCUUCGGCACCGCCGUCAUUGCCGACCGCUUCUUCAUCCGCAUGCCCAUCCUCAUCUGCCAGUGCCUCCUGACCAUUGCUGGCCUGGGCAUGCUCUUCGCCACCAAGCAGCGCAACGUGCAGCUCGCCGGCUGCUUCCUCGGUGUUUGGGGUGCCAACUCCAACAUCCCCUUCGUGCUCAACUUCUCGCAGAACAACGUUGCGGGCCAGAGCAAGAAGUCGUUUGUGUCGGUGAUUGUCAUCAUGUUCGGUGGUAUCGGCGGUAUCUUUGCCUCGCUCGCCUACAACGAGAAGGACGCUCCGCUGUACCGCAAGGGUCUCUACGCCACGCUCGCCUGCCAGGCCUUCAACGUGCUCUGCGGUAUCGGCUUCACGCUCUACUUCUACAGCGCCAACAAGAAGAUCCGUGCUGGCCGCAAGGUGGUCGACGACCGCCCCGGCUUCACCUACACCAUCUAA